AUGUCGGAGUACUUUAACGUCUUCAAAGUCCGAUUCGGCCCUGCAUUGGCAGAUCCCGACGUGGCAGGACCAAGGUACCAUACGGUGAUCUUUGUUGAAACCGGCCUUGAUGGAACAGGCUACAUCCACCAAGUCAUCGGGGAUCUGGUGACUGGAAUGCGAUAUGACAAGAAGCCAACGGACAGACCUGAGAGGUCAGAUACCUUCUUUGACAAGACGCUCCUAGGUCGUGUGGCCAGGUCCAAUUAUCCAGCGGAGGUAGAUAGGGUUUGUCAGGCACAGCCAGCGCCGCCGCGUCAAAAGGCGUUCAAUCGGCAAACAAUGAAGACCGAGCCGAUCAAGUCAAAUGGAUCGUUUUACGGCCCUGGAGAUUCUCGACCUAGAUUGAUCAAAUGCACUGAAUGGACAGAGAAUCAAGCAAUUCCAGCUCUGCGGCGUAACGGGUUGCUUUUAUAA